CAAUUUUAAUACUUUUUUCAUAUUGUUUUCAUGGGAAGUCUUAGGCGAGAAGAUUAGGUGAGAGCUGUUCAAAAUUUUCCUUCUGUUCAGCUCUCCACCUUGAUACGCGAUUUACACGCUGUUUUAGAUUUAGAAAAAAAUCUUAUUCAGGAAAGUCAAACUUCGUAUCUGUAUAAAACACCCACAAAAUACACGCUUCCCGCGUGAUCACAAACGGAAGGGUAGGCCACCACUAUUCCAAUGCAUAGUUAGCUCCAUUCAAUUCCACCUGUAUAUAAUGAAGCGUGGGCAUAAAAUUUAAAUCUUCUGAGGAUAUAGGGAUUUGAGAAUUGUGCGCAGUGAUCCAUGGCGGAACAAUCAGCUUCUAUCACGCAGCCCCUCCUCAGGCCUUAUCCUUCUGCGCAGGGCCAGCUAGCGGAAUGGGCACAGGACCAAUAUGUUGGCACAGCCCCACGCCAGCCUGCGAGUGUUGAGAUUGAUGCUGUGGUUACUGGGCAGGAGAUUCGAUCUGCUGCUUCCUCAGAUCCUUAUCCCCCAUGGAUACAUGGUGCCCUUCUUACUGUUCCAGAACCUUUAACUGAGGGUUCAACUGACAUGCAACAAACGUAUGUGGAUGGUAAUCAAAAGAUGCCUAGCAGUGUGCAGGUACUGGAUGAGGUAGAAAUCAGAGAAUUGCUUAUAGACCAUGUUGGUCAUCGAUGCUGUUGGGGAAGCCGGCCUGCUCGUAGAUGGCGAAUACAUGCAGUGGAAGAUUGCAAUGCAUAUGUUGGUACUCUGGAAACUUUUAUUGAAGAAAGAGAUGUCAUUGGAGAAGUAGAGCCAUAUGCAGGUGGAGACAUAGAUGGGACGAACUCUGGUCCAGAGCCUGGACUUUGGGAACUGGAUAUGAGAUCUGAAUUUCCACUUUUGUUUGUAUCACGAAAGGAGGCCAGGGUGAAAGUUCCACAUUCUGAAGCUAAAGAAAAUUGUUCAGCUUGUACUGGGCGUGGUGAGAUAGCUUGUCCUACAUGCAAUGCCAAUAAAGAACCUGGAUCCUAUACAGCACAGAUGACAGUAUGCUCUGUUUGUCAUGGAAGGGGACUAAUUGCUCAUGCUGAUGGAUCAGACACAAUAUGUGGUAAUUGUAAAGGUGAGGGAAGGCUUCCCUGUUCAACUUGUCAAUCCCGCGGACUACUUAAGUGUGAUAAGUGUCGGGGAAACGGUUCUCUUCUCACCCGAAAUAUUGCGAUAGUAAGAUGGAGGACGCUUCUAACCAGAAAAGUCAGUGCUUGUAGCAGUGCAGCUUCUGUUCCUGAUGAAGUAUUCCACAGAGCUAAAGGUGUACAAUUAUACAACACUCAAGCGUACCAGUGCAAGCCAGCAAAUUUAUUUGCUCUCAACAAAUUCUCUUCUGACAUUAUUGCUGAUAGGGCUCCUGUUCCGCCAACUGCAAGAAUUAUAUGUGAAAGACACCAAAUUACUGUUGUACCUGUCACACGGGUAAUCAUGACCCAUCGUAAUAGAUCCUUUACAUUCUAUAUAAUAGGCCUCAGCAGAGAGGUGUACGUUAGGGACUAUCCGUUGCAGUGGUGUUGGGGGCUUUGUUCCUGUCUGAAUUGGCUACGUCCUUGAACCAGUUAAGCCAGCCAACUAGGAAAAAUAUGCAAAAUGAUUUCAGAUCAAGAGGCUGCUGUGUUCUCUCACCAUGGAGGUGACAAUUGAGUAAUUUGGGGCUGCUGUGUUCUAUGGUAUGGUUUUUGAUUGUUUACAGUAUGAGUAUGCUUGCUGUUGGUGCUAUAUAGCUGGAUGGUGAGAGAAAUUGUAUUCGGUUUUGUAUUUUAUAAUUAAAGAUGCUUUCCAGUGCUUGUAUGUUUUUUCGACUCAUUUUCAUUGUAAAACACUAAUUUAUGUAUUAUUUAUUUGCUCAUUAAAUUUUGGAAGAAUACUUACAUCUU